GGCAUCCCUUGUUUCGGUUUGUUUCGCAAGUACGAACCAGUAGCCACAACGAAACGCUCGCGACCGGCGAUGCGAGAUUGCUGAUCUUCGCAAGCCACCCAAUAAGUAACUACAGCUAUCCGCAGUACUAUCGAUAGAGGGCACAUUACGACAAUGGUAUUUGUCGAUAUGAUGCUUUUCGUGCUACUUGUAGGAUGCUGGUGUUGGCCUGUUGUAUUCGCAGCCCAUGGCGACCCUCUUCCACCAGGAAUUGCACAGUUUCUUCGAACUCGCAGGAGCGAAAAGAGUCGGCAUUUGCGUAAUGGAUACGUCAGGCUCGGAGAUUAUGCCGGUAUCCAAGGAGUUGUCCAAUCAUUGACUGGGUACAGUCUUUCAAUGAAUGCUGUAGGCAACAUGAUGGCGGUUGGAGCCCCAGGUGAAGAGGGUGAUUUCAGCUUUGAAAGAGGCGCCGUCCGCGUCUUUGAGUUUGCAAGUGGGACAUGGACUCAAAAAGGCCAAGACAUCAUUGGAAAACUUGAUGAUUCUGAAAGUUUUGGUUUUGCUGUGUGGUUGAGCCCUGAUGGGCAAACUCUUGCAGCUUCCGCAAACUCGGCAAGUCAUGGUUACGUUCAGGUGUACGAAAUCAAUGCCUCUGGUGAUACGUGGAUAAAGCGAGGAGUAGACCUUGACGAACUGAACCCAGGCGAAGGCUUUGGCAGGUCCAUAGCAUUGAGCGAUGAUGCUGUAUUCAUGGUUGUUGGGGCCCCGUUUUAUGAUGAGGGGGCGGAUACGGAGGUGGGAAGGUUGUACUUCUUCGAUUAUCGCGAUGGGUCCAACUACGUGCUUCGGACUGAGCAGCUGGUAUUUUCACUUGUUCCACUGGAUCGCGGGCAAGCGGCAACUCAGCAAAUGGGAAGUGCUGUAGCGAUGUCCAGCGAUGGCAAGUUCGUUGCUGUCGGUUCGCCAUUUGACCAGAACGACUUGGAGAAAGGGCUAGUGUUUGUCCUUUCAAUACUUUGGGGUUUCUUUGUCAACUUGGAAGUUUUCGGAGGAGUGAUUGAGGCCGAUGAAAGUGGAACUAGCUUUGGUCUAGCCUUGGCUAUGAAUGGAGACGGCACCCAUUUGGCAGUAGGAAGUCCAUUUUUUGAUGGACUGGUAGACUCUGCCGGUCGAGUCCAGGUCUUUUCAAGGGCGACAGAACAGGGAACAUCUACCUGGAUCCAGUUGGGGAGCUCCAUUGACGGACUUGAUGCAUUAUUAAACUUUGGCACGUCCAUCGCCAUGUCCGCGUCGGGUACAACGAUUAUUGUUGGGGCACCUGGAGCCUUCUUUGACGAAAAUGAUGGCUACACUCGUCUUUAUAAAUACAAUGGAAACGAGUGGCUGUUGCAGGAGAUCAGUCGGGUGCAAGGGACGGAUAUCAUUGAUGACUUUGACAAUCAGGGUGAAAUAGGUUUUGCUGUUGCAAUAAGUAGGCUGGGGGACAAGAUUGCUGUUGGAGCGCCGCAACCAGACGUAGAUGGUCUUGGCCGCGUCCAAGCUUUUGGCCAAACAGAGUUCCCCACUUUUUCUCCGAUCAUCAAUCCCCUUCCGCAGGUCUCAUCGUCACCUUCGGGAACGUCCACUUGGAGAGUCAUCACAACGGCCUUUUCUGAUGCCAUGUCCUUUGUCACAGAGUUUUUCUCGCGGUAA